ACGUCAUUUAUGGACGCCCCCUAAGGCACGUUUGGCUAUCGGGGUUAUAUUUAGGACAGCGCUUAUGCGCUCUGUGAAAUCUCGACUUUGAAAAAAGGGGCCGUGGUUUUUUUUGUUGUAAAUGGCGGACGCGGCGAUCAAGAGUUUGGACGAGACGCUGGAAAAGUACAUUCCUGCCCAGGAGCUGGCAGAAGUGAAUCGGAUCCUGUACGGGCGACAACCCAAGCCUCUAGAUGUCCCGGUUGCAGCCCUGCGCCUGGCGGAGGUGGGAGGCUUCGAGCUGCGAGCCUUCACCAUCGGUGCCGCCCCCGAGCAGCUGCGGCCUCCCCGUCUCGUGCGCGUCGGGCUGAUGCAGAACCACAUCGUGGAGCCCACAACGGCACCCGUGGCUCAGCAGGUGUCCGCAUUGCACAAGCGUCUUGCGAGCAUGGUGGAGGCGGCCGCCCUCUGCGGGGUGAACAUCGUUUGCUUCCAGGAGGCCUGGACCAUGCCAUUUGCGUUUUGCACCCGGGAGCGGUUACCUUGGACUGAAUUUGCCGAGUCUGCCGAGGAUGGACCAACCACCCUCUUCUGUCAGGAGCUGGCACGUCGAUACAAUGUGGUGGUGGUGUCUCCCAUCCUGGAGAGAGAUGAAGUGCAUGGCGACACGAUCUGGAAUACGGCCGUGGUCAUCUCAAACUCUGGCGCCGUGCUUGGCAAGACGCGCAAGAACCACAUCCCUCGCGUCGGCGACUUCAACGAGUCGACAUACUACAUGGAGGGGAACACGGGCCACCGCGUGUUCCAAACACAGUUCGGACGCAUCGCCGUCAACAUCUGCUACGGCCGCCAUCACCCGCUCAACUGGCUCAUGUACGCAGAGAACGGUGCCGAGAUCGUCUUCAACCCCUCUGCCACCAUCGGUGGGCUGAGUGAGCCGCUGUGGGCCAUCGAGGCAAGGAACGCUGCCAUCGCCAACCACUACUUCACCUGCGCCAUCAACCGCGUCGGAACGGAGUGCUUUCCAAAUGCCUUCACAUCUGGAGAUGGAAAGGAAGCUCACUGCGAGUUCGGCCACUUCUACGGCUCGAGCUAUGUGGCAGCGCCGGACGGGAGCCGCACGCCGAGCCUGGGACGCAUGAACGAUGGGCUGCUCAUCGCCGAGCUUGACCUCAACCUGAACCGGCAGGUCUCCGACCACUGGGGCUUCAGGAUGACGGGCCGUUAUGAAAUGUACGCAGAAGAGCUGGCCAGAAGCGUGAAGCACGAUUUUAAACCUGACAUCCAUAAAUAGUGGCAACUGAGAUGGGCUGCUUGAAUUAAACAUGAAGACAGAGAAAAAAUAUUUGACAUUUUAUUUGAAGUAAUAUCGCAAAUAUUAAAUACUGAUUCAGGCCCAAUUAUGAUUGAAGGACUGAAUGUUAUCCUUACCCUUUUGAGAAUUUCUGUAAACACGUGUAAAUAAAACUGUCUUCUGUGAA